AUGGAGAAUGUAACUGAUAAUAUUAAUAAUAAUAAUAAUAAUAAUAAUAAUAAUAAUAAUAUACCAAAUUGUAAAAUAAUCGUAAAAAAUGUUCCAACUUCAGUACCAGACUCUGAAUUGAAUGCAUUAUUCAAUUCAUAUAACCCUAUCAAUAUAAAAAUUUUAAAUGGACCACUUUUUGUGUGUAAAGGAACAGUAUUCUUAGAUUUCAAAAGCAUUGAUGAAACAAACAAUAUAUUAAAUCAAUUAAAUAACUUUGAAUUUGGUGGUAAAAUUUUAAAAGCUGAGAUUUCAACUGGUAAAAGGACUCCUCCUCUUCAAAAACAAAAAAAGGAUACACAUAAACAACAACAACAACAACAACAACAACAACAACAACAACAACAACAACAACAACAACCCACUGGAGUGGCAUUAUCAAAAAACAAAUUAAAAAAAUUAAAAUAUGAGAAACAAAGACAAGAUGAUAUGGAAAAAAUUGAUAAUCUUGAAAAUAUUGUUCAACAACUAUAUAAUCAAAAUGUAAAUAAUAAUAAUAAUAAUAAUAAUAAUAAUAAUAAUAAUAAUAAUAAUAAUAAUAAUAAUAAUAAUAAUAAUAAUAAUAAUUCAAUACCUCCACCAUCGAAUGUAUUAAAUCAAGGAUUUUCAUCGUCAUUAUUAUCAUCAUCAUAUGAUAUUAAUAUUGGUAGAUAUGCAGAACCAUCACAAGAUAUUAUUAAUGAAAUUAGUUUUUACCUUCAAACAAAACCAGAAUUCUUUUCACAGGUUUUAAAUUUAGCUAGGUUAAUGAAUAUACCAAUUUAUUCAAAUAUUCCACUUCAACAAAAUAUGAUUAUUCCACAAAAUUUAACUUGUGAUCAAGAAAAUAAAAAGAAAAGAAAAUUAAAUAAAGAUGAAAGAAAAGAAAAUAAAAAUGAAGAGGAAGAAGAAGAAGAAGAAGAGGAAGAAAAAGAAGAAGAAGAGGAAUGGAUGUCAGAUGACGAACCUUAUAAAUCAAUAGAUCCAAAUGUUAUAGAAAAAACAAAUCAACUAUUCCCAUCUUUAAUCUCUUCAAAAAUAUUAAACACUACUAAAAAUUCAAAAUCUAAAUCUUUAAAAUCACAAUUAUCAAUUCCAAACAACAACAACAACAACAACAACAACAACAACAACAACAACAACAACAACAACAACAACAACAACAACAACAACAACGACAACAACAAUAAUAAACAACAACAAAAUACAAACAUUACAAAUACUUUAACCUCUAAAAAUAAUGUUUGUACCACCACCACUUCCAUCAAAAAAAUACAAUUCAAAAUUAAUGGAAUUGAAACUGGAUGUGAAAAUAAAGAAUUAGAAAAAGAAGAAAAAGAAAAAGAAAAAGAAGAAGAAGAAAUUAAAAAUAUAAUUAAUAUUGAACAAUUAAAUAAUAAUAAAGCAACAUUAGAAGAGAUUGAAAUUAUAAAUAAGAAAAAGAUUGAAAUUGGUGAACCAACAAAUAAAAUUUACAUAAAAAAUAUCUCAAAACAUGCUUCAUAUCAAGAUUUUCAAUCAUUAUUUAGAAGACAUUUUAAUAGUGUCACUGAAAUGAAAAAACAAUUAAUUAUUGAUUAUCAUAAAGAAGGUAAAUUAAGAAAUCAAGCAUUCAUAACAUUUCCAACCAUCCAAUUAGCAACUUUAGCUCUAAAUCAAACACAAGGUUUUAAAUUACAUCAAAAACCAAUUUUAAUUUUAUUUUCAAAAAAUAAAUAA